AUGGACUCUUUCUUAACCACCCAUUUGCACCUAUCAGAGCCCAGUCUGGACUAUAGACUGGACUAUAAAAGGAGAAAGAUGGAAGGGCUUGAGAUAGAGCUGAGAUCAACAGCAGAGAGACACAAGAGAACAGAGCAGCAAAAGAAAAUAUCCGGUGAUGGAGUGAAAUGUUACACCACCAUGACUGGACACAAGACGUCUAUAUGUGACCUCAAGCCAAGUGACCGCCUGAUCCUGACCCUGGAACGAGUGUCGCUGACGCUGGACGUCCUGACUAAUAUGUCUACCUCUGACACUGUAACAAAUUCCAUGAAGGCUUUCCUUAAAUUAAGAGACCAGCUGAUAAUCUGUAGAGAGUUGCCUGAAUACAGUGACCCUGCCUCUGAGCAGCUGGAGCCGUGGCUGAGUCAUCUCCAAGAUUUCAAAGACAAGGCCUCCCCUCAAUGUGUCCAGGACGCUGUUGUGCUCAACCUCAUCUCAUUAAGGAUGCAAAAUGUGAUGUGUCCAAGAUAUCCCUAG